AUGUCAUCUGUAAGUGCAAAUGAUAACAACAAGGCCAAGCUUUUGCAAGAAAGACGAGAGAAAUUGGCCAAGUGGAAGAAGCAAAAGGCCCUUAGAGAUGAGCAGAAGAAAAAACAUACUAACACAGAAAAUAGUUCAGAGAAGUUGACUGAAAGUCAGCAAGAGUUGCAACAAUCCAAGAAAAAAAAGAGGAAAAAUGAUCAGGCUGAUUCCACCUUUAGGAAAACCGUGAAGUCUAGCAAAAACAGGAGUACAAAGAAAAUAUCAUUUGAUGAGAGUGACGAAGAGGGUUCAACACAGGGAAUAGAGCUUUUUAAGCCUAUGAAUAACGAUGUGGUUGAUGUUAACAAUUCUGAAGCCAAGGACGACGUUGAUCCAUUGGAAAAAUACAUACAGAGUCUUUCUAGUAAUGAUGACGGAAAUUUGGUGCCACCUUCAGUGAAUUUAAUGGAUGCAGAUGAUAACGAAGUACCUUCAGAUGAGAAGGAAAUGUCAAGUGAUGAGGAUGAGGAAGGAUUUAAAUUUGCGAAGAUUGCUAAAAUGAAAUCCAAGAAGCAAGUGAAGGAGAUUCGUUACGAGAGGAAUGAAUUGGAAUCAUUUAGGAAGGAUUUUUAUUCACAACUGCCUCAAGCAUUACUUAGUGAUAAUGAAAUUAGUGAACUGCGCUUGAAUUUGGGAAAUAUCAAAGUUAGAGGGGAUGGUUGUCCUUUACCGAUUACUAGAUGGUCACAACUUGGGCUUACAUCUGACAUAACGAGUGUUUUGAUAAACGAUUUGAAAUUUGAAAAUCCAACAUCGAUUCAGGCCCAGGCUAUUCCAGCUAUUAUGUGUGGAAGGGAUGUAAUUGGAAUCUCGAAGACAGGUUCAGGUAAAACUAUUUCUUACUUACUCCCUCUCAUUAGACAUAUCAAAGCUCAAAGACAUUUAGCAAGUGAUGAAUCCGGUCCACUGGGGCUUGUGUUGGCCCCCACGAGAGAAUUGGCCAUCCAGAUCAAUGAAGAAGUGACAAAGUUCACCGCCAAGGACAAGUCUGUAAAUUCUGUAUGUUGUACUGGUGGUUCCGAAUUAAAAGAACAGAUUAGAAAAUUGAAAAAGGGGAUUGAAAUAGUAGUAGCGACUCCAGGAAGGUUUAUCGAUUUGUUAACGUUGAACACUGGUAAAUUAUUGAGUACGAGGAGAAUCACUUUUGUCAUUAUGGAUGAGGCGGAUAGAUUAUUCGACAUGGGGUUUGAACCUCAGAUUACUCAGAUUAUGAAAACUAUAAGGCCUGACAAGCAAUGCGUGCUAUUCAGUGCAACGUUCCCUAAUAAACUAAGAAAUUUCGCUAUGAGAGUCCUUCAUCGGCCAUUGAGCAUUACCAUUAAUUCCAAGAGUUUGGUAAAUGAGAAUGUUACCCAAAGAUUUGACAUUGCCAAUUCUGAUGAGGAAAAAUUCAAUACGUUACUGCGGAUUUUGGAGAAACAUGAAGAAUCUUCAAAUGGAGUCCCAAUGCAACAAGAUUGGAAUGAUUCAGAAAAUAAAGAUGAGAAAGCGAUCAUAUUUGUCUCCAGUCAACAAAUAUGUGAUUUACUGCAUAUCAAAUUAGAGAAUGAAGGUUAUACCAUCUAUUCUAUACAUGCGGGCAAGCCGUAUCAAGAAAGAUUAAACAAUUUGGAAAAUUUCAAGAGUACUCCCAAUAGCAUUUUACUUUGUACGGAAGUGCUUUCCCGUGGGCUUAAUGUUCCUGAAGUGUCUCUUGUACUGAUAUACAAUGCUGUCAAAACUUUCGCUCAAUACGUGCAUACCACGGGUAGAACAGCUAGAGGUACUCAUACAGGUGUCGCCAUGACGCUUUUAUUAAACGACGAAAUUGCUGGUGCCUUUAUUUUGAACAAAGCUAUUCGAGAUAAAGAAUUAGAAGAGCAUGAUCCCAGAAUCGUGAAACAAUUGAAGUCAAUGAGUCAAGAAUUUGAAAAGGGAAUGCAGAGUGGGAAAUUUAAAGUAUCACAAGGGUUCGGCGGUAAAGGUUUAGAUAAUUUAGAAUCAAAAAGAGAGGAAAGACAAUCACAGGAAAAGAAAUAUUAUGAGAAUGAUGAAAAAUUACCGCUGGAUAAUGAGCCUAAUGUGAAGAAUACGAAGGAUGCAUCAUCAUCAACUCAAAUACAAGUUCCCAAAUUACGCUACCGGGUAUCAAAUCAUAUUAGCCCUGAAGGUGAUACGGUUUUUAUCGCUAAUGUUAAUGUUAACGAUUUGCCACAGAUAGUGAGAUGGGAAGUCACCAAAAAUACCACAUUGAUGUUUGUCAAGAAUGAAACUGGUUGUAGUAUAACGAAUAAGGGUAAAUAUUAUCCUGAAGGUCAAGGACCAAAAUCUGAUAGAGAUGAACCUAAACUUUACCUUUUAAUUGAAUCUGAUAAUGAAAAGGACAUUAAACUUUGCAUCGAUCUAUUAGAAGGUAAAGCUAAAGAAGGAGUUCGCAAGGUGGGCAUUCAAUCAAUUAAAGACACUAAAUAUUAA